CUGCCGCAUGGUCGUCGUCAGCUGUGUCCUUACUGUCCCUUCCCUUACCCGACGAGAUCUCCUCAAGCCCCUUGAGAUUUCUCUCUAAUAUUCCUUGCUACAACCACGGGCCGUUAUUCGCAUCCGCCCCCGGAAAUGAAGCUAUCCUCUUUGUUGGCCCUUGGCAGCCUGGCUGGUCUAGGAGCCGCAUCUAACCUACGAACGAGGAAUUUCGACUCCAACGACUACUAUGUCCUACACCUCGAGCGAGACGCAGAGCCAGACCACAUCGCUACCAGAUUGGGUCUCAGGAAUGAAGGACAAAUGGGCAAUCUGCCGGACCACUACAUAUUCUCAACAGCAAAGCGCGACGACGACGAUUUCGUCAAGGCGGCAGUCAAGGAACGGAGGCGGAAGAGAUCGCGUGACGACACGGAUUACCUCGAUCUUGUCAAAUUCUCUCAGAAGCAAAAGCUUCACGAGCCAUUGCAAAGAAGAAUCCCCCCUCCGCGGCCUGCUGGAUUCUAUCCAGUCGCGGCUCGGCAGGAAGCCGACGCGAACGCUGUCAUCAAGCAGCAAGCCGUGAUGCAACAACUGGGCAUCUCGGACCCCAUCUUCAACGAACAGUGGCAUCUGUUCAACCCCGUCCAAGUUGGUCACGAUGUCAACGUUACCGACGUUUGGUUGUCUGGUGUCACCGGAAAGAACGCCACGGUGGCUAUCGUUGACGACGGUCUAGACAUGUACAGCAAUGACCUGAAGCCCAACUACUACCCCCAAGGCAGUUGGGAUUUCAAUGACCAGACCGCCGAGCCGAAGCCCAGGCUGUCCGACGACAAGCAUGGCACCCGAUGUGCUGGAGAGGUCUCCGCAGCCAAGAACGAUGUGUGUGGUGUUGGGGUCGCAUAUGACUCCAAGAUUGCUGGUAUCAGAAUCCUGAGCAAGCUCAUCAGCGAUGCCGACGAAGCCAUUGCCAUGAACUACGACUUCCAACAUAACCAGAUCUACUCCUGCUCCUGGGGGCCACCUGAUGACGGUCGGACAAUGGACGCCCCCGGCAUUCUCAUCAAACGUGCCAUGUUGAACGGAAUACAGAAUGGACGUGGGGGACUUGGCUCUAUCUAUGUUUUCGCUAGUGGCAACGGCGCCGCCAGUGAUGACAAUUGCAACUUUGACGGCUACACCAACUCCAUCUACAGUAUCACAGUGGGCGCUUUGGACCGAAAGGGACAACACCCAUAUUACUCGGAGAAGUGCUCUGCCCAGCUCGUUGUUACCUACAGCAGCGGAAGUGGUGAUGCUAUUCACACAACCGAUGUGGGCGAGAAUGCUUGCUACAGCGGACACGGAGGCACUUCUGCCGCCGCCCCUUUGGCUGCUGGAAUCUUCGCGCUCGCGCUCGAAAUCCGCCCCGACCUCAGUUGGCGCGACAUGAACUACAUAGCUAUCGAAAGUGCCGUGCCUAUCGACCUCGAUACGGAAGAAUGGCAAGAUACUACUCUGGGCAAGAAGUUCAGUCACACUUUUGGUUACGGCAAGGUUGACAGCUGGAAGCUUGUCGAGGCGGCCAAGACUUGGAAGAAUGUGAAGCCUCAGUCCUGGUUCUUCUCCCCAUGGAUCCAUAUUCGCAAGGAGAUUCCCCAAGGCAACACCGGGUUGACCUCAACUUUCGAGGUCACGGCGGAUAUGUUGAAGGGGGCCAACCUUGAAAACGUCGAGCAUGUUACUGUGACCAUGAACAUCGAGCACGCCCGCCGUGGCGAUCUCAGUGUUGACCUCAUUAGCCCUGACGGUGUCACCAGCCAUAUCGCGACUAGCCGUAAGCUUGAUUCCAGCGCAGAGGGCUACAACGACUGGACCUUCAUGAGUGUGGCACAUUGGGGCGAAAGGGGCGUUGGUACCUGGACUGUCAUUGUUCGCGAUACCAAGGUCGACUCCAAUAACGGAACUUUCGUCGAUUGGCAUCUGAAGCUUUGGGGUCAGUCCAUUGAUGCCUCCAAAGCCAAGCUUCUGCCUAUGCCUACUGAAGAGGACGAUGACAACCACGAUGCGAUUGCUACUACCACUCUUGCGCCUGGCACCACCACUCUGCCCUCAGGUUCUGACCCGACCAACACAGUCCUCCACCCGACUGAACUCCCCACCGACCACCCUCACCGCCCGACGAAGCCCGCUGGCACUGAUGGUGCGUCUGAGACGAGCAGUGGAACUACGGAAGAAGAGGCAGCCGAGACCACAGCCGCAAGCUCAUGGGUGCCGUCUUUCCUACCCACUUUUGGUGCUUCCUCGCAUGUUCUUGCUUGGGUGUACGGCGCCCUCGGUCUUAUUGUGCUUUUCGUCUGCGGCCUUGGUGCUUGGUGGUGGAUCGUACGUCGCCGCCAACUCCGCAACAGCCCCCGCGACGCCUACGAGUUCGAGCUACUCAACGAGGAAGAAGGUGAGGGUUUGGCCGGCGGAGCCGAGCACAAGCGCAAGAGGGGCGGCGAAUUGUACGAUGCUUUCGCCGGCGGCAGCGAUGAUGAGGAGGAGGAGGAGGAGGAGGCCCAAGUGCCCCGCAGGAGUACGGACAGCGAGGCUUCCGAGGUCGUUAACGAGAAGCCGAGCUCGAGACUGCUGACCGGCCGGUAGAAGCGACCGCAGUGGUUACGAGUGAAGUGAGGCGUUGCUAAACGCAGUGGAGUCAUUAUACCUGCAAGAUCAUCAUACUGGCGUUACGGAGCAACGGGUCGAGCAUGGAGGAAAUUAGGCAAAACGCAAUCAUUACCAGCAUUUCUAUUCUCACCUUGAUGUCAUCUUACGCCAACUCGAAACUUGAUGGAUAAUACGAUUGUCUGGUUCAUGAUAGC